CAUUCAUCGUCACGCGUUGCUAUAUGACAUAUAUAACAGUUUCGGCCAAUACGUAAUUGUAUGCAAUAUGUAUGUAUUUUGUUAUUUGAGGAUUCGUUUCUAAUGUUUUGUCAAUAGUAUGUCUGCCCAAAUAUAAGAAACAAUAAAUGACUAGUACAAUGCACGUGUAGUAUUUGAUGGUGUAACCUUAUUUGCGGAUAACCAUCGCAUCGUAUGAAAAUUUAUAUUACGUACAUAAUACAAGAUGACAUCUCGAGAAAUAUUAACUAUUCAAUUAGGUCAUUAUUCCAAUUUUAUCGGUAGUCAUUGGUGGAAUAUACAGGAAUCUAAUUUCUCUUAUGAUCCUGAUAAUCCAUCUGAAAUAAAUCAUGAUGUUUUAUACAGAGAAGGUGAAAACUUAAAGAAACAAGUUACUUACACUCCUAGAUUGCUACUUAUAGAUUUGGAAGAAGCAUUUGGAUAUCUGAAAAAACAAGGGACUUUAUAUGAUGUUACUCAGUCGGAAGAAGCCCAACAAUGUUUAUGGGAUGAUAAAAAGGUACAGGUCUUGAAGAAAGAAGCAGUUGAUAAAACUCCAUUUAUUAAAAGCUUAGAUGAAUCUUCUGAAGCAUCAAAUUCAACAUCGUCACCCCCCAAUUUGGAAAAUAACAUCGGCUCGUGGGUAGAUUAUCUAUUACCUAGGUUUCAUCCCAGGACAUUAAAUGUCAUUAAGCAUCACAAACACGAUGGAGCAAUGUAUCCAUUUAGUAUCUUUACUUAUGGAAAAAAUUUAUGGAAUACAGAACAAUUCUCAGACGACUUUUCUGAAAGAAUAAGAGCUUAUGUCGAAGAAUGCGAUUUAAUGCAAGGAUUUCAGAUAAUUCUAGAUUCUAUGGAUUGUUUUGCUGGAAUCGGGGCAUCGUGUAUACAACACCUAAGAGAUGAAUAUGGAAAAAGUAUCGUGUCAUUUCCAUGUAUAGACAGUAAGAAGACUGAACCUUCUACAUCCAACGUGAUUAAAAUACUCAAUACAGCUUUAUGCUGGCAACAUGUAGGAGAAUAUGCUUCAUUAUUUAGUCCACUAUGUUGUGGAGAAACAGCUUGGCCACAAAUUGGAGAACCGCGUAUAUUUAAUCAUUUGACGUACAAUUCUGAAGUAAAGUAUCAUAGCAGUGCACUUUUAGCUACUGCAUUGGACACAUUAACUAUUAGAUACAGACGAAGAGAAUAUCCAAAUGUAGUUUUAUCCGAUUUAUGUGCGGAUCUCAAUAAACUGGGUCGAAAGGCAGUCGCAACAAGCCUAACUUUACCGUUCCCGAUGACUGCUAAAGCAGAUUUGAUCGACGUCCUGGACGAACUUGAAGGACCAUUGUGGACAAGUUUGACACCAAAUUGUGACAUACCAAUGGAUAAAAAUAUGCAAAGCAUAGUAUUACGUGGAGUUUCCGAAGAAAGAUUAAAACGACCUAUUUCUGAUGCAAUGAAACAAAUGUCAAAACCAGCAUAUAGAUGCUCUACCGUACACGAAAUGAUGAUGCUUUAUUUAGCAUGCACUUGUCAUGCAUCAGCAACUUAUUUAUCGAACAUUUCAUCACCACUGAACAUAAAACCUCCAUAUCCAAAAAUUUUCAAUAACAAUAUUACUGAAACCGGGGACGUUAUUGGGUGGCCUGUAGGAACAGAUGUUCAGUCCGUUCCUGUUAUGGCUGGUUUACAUAGCGGAAACGGUCUUAGUUCAAUGUAUGAAUCUUUACAUGAUCAACUGAGCAAAAUAAAAAGCAUAAAGAAAUUUCAUGCAUUCACAGACUCUGGAUUGGAAGAGGACGAGUUUAACGAAUGCCUCAAUCACUUGCUCGAUUGCAAGGAAAAUUACGAAGAUCAUUACAUGUAAAUAGUAUCAAUUUUAUCGACGGUUAACUUCAUAUUUCUCUAUAACAAUACAAUUUUUCAUUUAUAAAA